GUCGCUCGGUAAAGGACCACCGUCUGCUCUCCAGCUACAGGCUGUGGGGCGCUUCUCUGGAGACUUCUCCCGGGGAUCGCUUGGAGGGGACGGCGCCGUUCACACCGGACAUUGCUGGUGGCUGUGGUUUCUCUCAUCCCGAAAACCCCGUGUAUCUGACCGCUGCCGAGCCGUCCGGAGGGGGAUGGAAGAGAUGCGGCCUAGCGGCGGCCCCGCGUCCCAGCCCUUCCCCACCCUCUUCCCUCCUGGGCUCCAUGCUAUCUAUGGAGAGUGCCGGCGCCUGUACCCGGAGCAGCCCAAUCCCCUGCAGGUCACCGCUAUCGUCAAGUACUGGUUGGGUGGACCCGAUCCGCUGGACUAUGUGAGCAUGUACCGUAAUCUGGGCAGCCCCGCACUCGAUGUUCCUGAGCACUGGCAUUAUGUCAGCUUUGGGCUGAGUGAUUUGUAUGGAGACAACAGAGUGCAUGAAUACACAGGACUUGAUGGACCCAGUGGUUUUGGAUUUGAGCUUUCCUUCAGGCUAAAGAGAGAACCAGAGGAAUCUGCGCCUCCAACAUGGCCAGCAGAAUUGAUGCAGGGUCUUGCAAGAUACGUGUUUCAGUCUGAGAACACCUUCUGCAGUGGAGAUCAUGUAUCGUGGCACAGCCCGCUAGACAAUAGCGAGUCUCGAAUUCAGCACAUGCUUCUAACUGAAGACCCUCAGAUGCGCCCAGUGCAGACUCCAUUUGGCAUUGUGUCCUUUUUACAGAUAGUUGGUGUUUGCACUGAGGAGCUACAUGCGGCUCAGCAGUGGAACGGACAGGGAAUACUAGAACUUCUCCGCACCGUGCCAGUGGCCGGUGGACCGUGGCUGAUCACAGACAUGCGAAGAGGAGAGACUAUUUUUGAGAUUGAUCCUCAUUUGCAACAGGAGAGAGUUGAUAAAGGAAUUGAGACUGAAGGCUCAAACCUCAGUGGUGUCAGUGCCAAAUGUGCAUGGGACGAUUUAAGUCGCCCGCCAGAGGAUGAGGACGACAGCAGAAGUAUUUGUAUAGGAACCCAACCACGGAAGUUAUCUGGCAAAGAUACGGAACAGAUCCGUGAGGCGUUGCGAAGAGGCCUAGAAAUUAACAGUAAAUCUAUCCUACCUCCAAUAAGCUCACAGAGACACAAUGGCAUGAACCACGACCGAGCACCGAGUCGAAAAGAUAGCCUGGAAAGUGAAAGUUCUUCAGCCAUAAUCCCCCACGAAUUGAUACGCACACGACAACUGGAAAGCGUCCAUCUCAAAUUUAAUCAGGAGUCUGGCGCUCUUAUUCCACUUUGUUUAAGGGGUAGACUGUUACACGGACGACACUUUACAUAUAAAAGUAUUACUGGAGACACGGCCAUCACUUUUGUGUCUACAGGCGUAGAAGGAGCCUUUGCUACAGAGGAGCAUCCUUAUGCAGCGCAUGGUCCUUGGUUACAGAUUUUGUUGACAGAGGAGUUGGUGGAAAGGAUGCUGGAAGACUUAGAAGAUUUAAGCUCUCCAGAGGAAAUUAAAUUGCCAAAGGAAUACAGCUGGCCGGAAAAGAAGCUAAAGAUCUCCAUUCUCCCCGACACAGUGUUUGAUAAUCCGCUGCCUUGAGGAGCAGACAAGGAUGUAAAGUACUCUUCAACGUUCAGCAAAGGCUAUUGCUGUAAACCAAAGGAAAGCAAUUACUGCACAACCGCGACGUAAAGAGACGAGCGGCACAGAAAGAUGCUUGUGUGACAAUUCUACCCCCCCACGCCCCGUAAUAAAGGACAUGCUGGUGUGUCCCUCCGACGGGCAGCCCGCCUUGCAUUAUCAGAACCUCGUUACACACCAAGUAGGCAACCAAUAUUUGACUGUAGGUGCCAUCUGACGCUGUAUGUUCCAGAGAAUUGAAGUUAUGACACUGGAACCCACUGCUAGUUAGACCGCCAACUACACCAACGUUCCUUCGCUUCAUCGUCCACCGCCACAGUGUUAAAUGGCUAAGAGUUUAGUUCAUUUUGAUAAUGAGCAAUGCAUGGUGGAAGGGAAGGAGAAUUGCUAUAGCUAUGUUCUUCCAUUACUUUGAGAGGAGCAAGUCAAUUUUAACAAACCGAUUUGUCUCAUCGGCAGGUGGGCACUUCUUCACCUGUGGGGUGGGCAGUCCCCACAGGUGAAGAAGUGCCCACCUGCCACAAGAUU